GAUUAUCGAUUGGUAAUAGACAAUCACUGAUCACAUGUAUCGCGCGGCUUGAGAGUCUAAAGAAAUCUGUGCGCGGAAGAUUCAUACAUUAGACGCCGGGUACAGAUUCCGUUGGUGCGUCAUCGAAACGACGUUCGAAAAUCAUAUUCUGACGCGGUGAUAAACUCUAAAGAUAUCGAGCCUCGCCGAUUCUUUGAAGACGCGAGUGAAAUUAUAUUCGAGCAUGUGUAUAGUGUAAUGCGACGAUAUGACUCUAUAAAAAUAAACACUGUUUUUAAUGGCGAAUUUGUGACGGGCGAUAAACGCGCGAAUAAGAGUAUCGCCACCCUUUGAAGUCUUUCAAUGCACCGAUUUGCGCAAGUGGUACGUGUCGCGCGUCGUCGAGCCUACCCUAGCAUCACUGGAAGAGUUUCAGGAACGUGAUAGUGAAUGGGUAUUGUCGCCUAUACUGAAUUUAACGAUGAAUGCGAACAAGCACAAUCCUCUGCAUGCUGGAUGUCAUAUCAAACUCUCGCGAGAAAUUACGUUUAAGAGAGUGGUAAUCAACGUGCAAACCGCGGACAAUGCGUGUUUCGCAUGGUCUGUUGUUGCCAUUCUACAUCCGGCUCAAAAAAAGAUAGAACGGGAAUCCUCAUUAAUCCACAUUAUAUGUCGGUUCUAAAUCUCGCGGGCAUCGAAUGACGUUGAAUCAAAUUAAGAAAUUCGAAACUUUGAAUGACAUUUCCAUCAACGUCUAUACCAAUUGAAAGGAUUGUGCCGAUAUGAACCGACCGAAAGAGGAGCAUGUGAACUUCUUAUACGUAGAAGAUGACAACGCAGGACAUUUUGCAUUGAUUAAAGAUCUGUCCCGACUAGCUCACAACUUAACAGAAAAAAGAACAGGACAUUUUUCUGCGAUAGCUCGAGCGCAAAAUUGGAGAUCUACAGUGAAGACUGAAAAAUUAAACGAUUGCGCAAUAACGCUGUUGAGCGAGAGCGACAAAUGGCUAAGUUUCACUGCAGGAAGGAUCACGUCCCGUUCGUUGUGUACGUCGACCUGGAGUACGCUUUGGAAAAAACGGAUCCUGAAUCGGUUACGUACACGUAUCAUCAUCAUAACGUGUUUAGCAUCGGAUAUUACGUGCACUGCUCGUACGACUGAUUAUCAACAUCAGCACUUUGAUGGAAUGUGCCGCAUACAUGCAGAUCGGUCUACUGCUGGAAAAAGCGACUAAUUUAAGUGAGGAUACGCUAAACGUUCAGACAGCGGGCGGAACCAUCGAAACAACCAGACAGAUUGAAAAUCAGCUUGGAUAUCAGCGAUGAUAAUGAGAUGAUGAAAAGAAUGUGAG